CGGGAGGCGGCGGCCACAGGCAGAGCUGGGGUGCAGCGGGUGCAGCAGCGGGGCCCAGCGCUGGACCAUGGGGACCUGGCCUCCCAGGAGACAGCCGCCCUGCCGACCCCGGACAUGAUCCCCGGCGAGGCCUUCAACCUGAGCCUGGCGGCGCCCGGCGCGGCGGCCCCGGGGGGCGCCCCGAACGCGUCGGGGGGCCCGGGCGGCUCCCCGGCGCUGCCCAUCUUCUCCAUGACGCUGGGCGCGGCGUCCAACGUGCUGGCGCUGGCGCUGCUGGCCCGGGCCGCGGGCCCGCGCCGCCGCCGCCGCCGCUCGGCCGCGCCGUUCCGCUGGUUCGCGGCCAGCCUGCUGGCGGUGGACCUGGCGGGCCACGUGAUCCCGGGCGCGCUGGUGCUGCGGCUGUACGCGACGGGGCGCGGCCCGGCGGGCGGCGCGUGCCACGCGCUGGGCGGCUGCAUGGUGUUCUUCGGGCUGUGCCCGCUGCUGCUGGGCUGCGGGAUGGCGGCCGAGCGCUGCGCGGGCCUCACGCGGCCGCUGCGGCACGCGGCGCGCGGCUCGGGGGCGCGCCUGGCGCCGGGCGCGCUGGGCGCCGUGGCCCUGGCCGUGGCGCUGCUGCCCGCGGCGCGCGUGGGCCGCUACGAGCCGCAGUACCCGGGCACCUGGUGCUUCAUCGGGCUGGGCCCGCGCGGGGGCUGGCGCCAGGCGCUGCUCGCCGGGCUCUUCGCCGGCCUCGGCCUGGCCGCGCUGCUCGCCGCCCUCGUGUGCAACGCGCUCAGCGGCCUGGCGCUGCUGCGCGCGCGCCGCCGCCGCCGCCCGCCCCGCCCCGCCGCGCGCGCCCCCGCCGCCGCCCGCCCCGACGGCGCGCCCGCCUCCCUCCGCGGCUCCCGCGGCGGCUCCGCGCGCGCCGCCCGCGCGCACGACGUGGAGAUGCUGGGCCAGCUCGUGGGCAUCAUGCUGGUGUCCUGCCUCUGCUGGAGCCCGCUGCUGGUGCUGGUGGUGCUGGCGCUGGGGGGCUGGAGCUUCAGCUCCUUGCAGCGACCGCUGUUUCUGGCCGUGCGCCUGGCCUCCUGGAACCAGAUCCUGGACCCCUGGGUGUACAUCCUGCUGCGCCAGGCCGUGCUGCGCCAGCUCCUCCGCCUCCUGCCCCCGUGGGCCAGCGCCAAGGGCAGCCCGGCCGAGCUGGGCCUCAGCAAGAGCGCCUGGGAGGCCAGUUCGCUGCGCAGCUCCCGCCACAGCGGCCUCAGCCACUUCUGA